AUGGAACAGUUGGCAGAAUUUGUGUCCAAGUCAUUUACCACUAAUGAUAGGUCGACUUUGACUGCCUCCCUUCCUCAUCCCUGUUUAACCACUGCUCAUACUUUUACAAGUCACCUUCCUCUGCACCCUCCCGGGCCACGAGGACUCAGCACUGUUAUGAACAGACUAAUGCUCCCCCACGUCUUCCAUCCAGGGUUUCCAAGCCCCUCACCACUGACCACAUCAUCCUUGGUCAGUCCGACGGUCAGUAGCCAUAGUUAUGGUGAUGAUGAAGAUUCCGGAGAGCGUAAAGGAUCUCCUUCUUCAGCCAGGUCAACUCCAUCUACGCCUUCAGAAAGAAAAGGAGAUAGGAAACCAAAUAUUACAUCAGUAACUAGCACUAAAGAAGCAGAGAGAGUCUCUGAUGAACAAGGAGAUCAGUCUGAAGCUGACAGUUGUACUAAUCCUUCAGAAGAAAAUCUUAAACCAGAAGAGAACAAGGAAACCGCUAAUAGCAAACCCAGCACCCACUCACCGGCACACUCUGUAGAUACCGUUAACUCUCAUUCUUCCAAGUCCGCCAAACAGCGCCGUUCCAGAACCAACUUCACUCUGGAGCAGCUGAAUGAACUGGAAAGACUAUUUGAUGAAACUCACUACCCUGAUGCUUUCAUGAGGGAAGAACUGUCACAGAGAUUAGGACUGUCAGAGGCUCGUGUACAGGUUUGGUUUCAAAACAGAAGAGCGAAGUGUCGUAAGCACGAGACCCAGGUGCAAAAAAAUUUACUAAUGGCAGCUAGUACACCAAUCGAGUCGUCUAGAAUCGCACCCUAUAUCAACGUCAGCAGUACGUCACCUAGGUUGCCACAAGAGCGCUACCUGGUGCCAACUACGCAUUAUCUACCUUAUGCAGAUCCUGCCUUUUUAGCGGCUGCUCAUCAAUAUUCGGUGGCCGCGGCAGCAGCAGCACAAGUAGUACAUGGUACACAACCCCAUCCGAGUUUCUUUUUGUAUCCCACUCCCACCCACCCUUUUAGUCUGUCUGCUCUCUUGGCAGCUGAUAGGCUGAAUAAUAAAAACACCAGUAUUGCUGAUCUGAGGUUAAAGGCGCAGAAACACGCGGCUGCACUAGGCCUGUAAGCUAUUAGUUCAGGA